AUGAACCACGUCUUUGUUGAACAUAAAGCUGAGACAUCCGUGACUGCAAAGAGCUUCAGUGAUCCACUCAUUCCCAAUCGCCACCAGAGACUGGAAACAGCAACCCGUCGAGUCUAUUUAGCCCUUGUUCAGUCUGGAUUUCCCCCCCAUGCAGAAGGCAGCAUGGAUAUCGAGCUUGAUAUGGAUCGCGUCUUGGAGCUCUAUCCAGAGAUUUACAUGGACUGGGCCAGAGACCAAAUUGCGAUUUGCAAUACCAUGAUCCCGCUAUAUGCUGCCGAGGACGCCUUCGACCGCGUGCUGCGCGAGGCCGACCAUGCGAUUCGUGUCAUAGCAAACUGCAACGGUUUGUUUGAUGACCUUGCGCCAGAAUUCCAUGGCUACCGUGUAGUUUGCCUGACAAACUUGGGUAGACAGGAUGAGGCACUAGUCGCAGCCGACAAGUACAAGGGACUCAUUGAAGAGAGGAGACAGAGGCGGGCGACCCGGCAGUAA